GACGGUCGCGACAACGACUAUUUGAGUGCUCGAUCCCAGCAACGCCGCCACGAGAACGCAAAACGAGUUUGGUGAAACGGGUCCGAUAAUUUACACGCAGGCGUCGCCGCAGCAGCCGCACCAACAACACCAGCAGCUGCUGCAUUGGCAGCAUCGGUAGCAAUACAACGGUAGCAGUGGCACCACCAGCAACAGUGGCUAUCACAAACGCAGAAGCGGUGGCAGUUAAUUGGCAUUCGCCUACUUGCAAAGCUUACCUACGUGUAGACGCGCAAUAACCCCGUCGCAAAGUAGCACCGAUCCGAUCCGUUCGUUGUUCAGUGCAUAAACCGCGGUCGCAUCAAUGUCCUAUCCGGUUCCGAUUGCCUGCGAGAUCAUUGCUGCGGAUUAAUUCGCAAGUCAACCGCGUUAUAGGAAUGAACGGCUUGAUUGGUGGCCACGUCCCAAUAGGCUAACGGUGCUGUGCAGUUAAGUGUGAAAUCGUACGAUCGGACAGCAAAAGUGUUGGAAAAUCGAAUAGCAAAACAAAAACAAAAAUUUAUCACUCGUCUAAUAACAACGCGCAACUGUUUAAAUGAGUGCUGUGAUUUAAGUUAAAUAAAAAAAUUUUACAUCUACGUACAUCUUAGAUGAAUUCUACUGCAAAUCAAAACAACAGAAGAUGUCCAUUAAAAAUGAAGUGUUCUUCUGCGCCAGCUAGAAAUCGUUACAAUCGAUUCGAUUAAGUUUUUGAUGUGUUUAGUGAACUUGAUUUGUCAUACACACAUACAUAUAGUACAUACAUACGCACAUACACAUGCACGUAUUGUUAAAAUAUCUUUCGUUUGGCGUUUUGGCGAGCUCCAGCGCAUAGUAGAUUUAUAGCUGUUGUUGUUCUCCUUGUCGCUCUUGUCGCUUUUGCCGCCGCCGCUGAAAAUUACACAAAACUCGUGGUCCGGAAUAGUAUGCGAAAUUGUUCACAGUGGAUUCAACGAAUAAAAUGGCCGUUGGACCGACGGAGGGCAAGCAACCUCCUUCAGAGACAUUCUCGCCCACACAUCAGAUUAUAGCACCCAGCCCAAUAUUGGCAGUGCCGACGCUCGCCUUCUCCGCCGCGCAAGUGGAAAUCGUCUGCAAAACCCUGGAGGACUCCGGGGACAUAGAGCGUUUGGCGCGCUUCCUAUGGAGUCUGCCGGUGGCCUUGCCGAAUAUGCAUGAAAUAUUGAAUUGUGAAGCCGUACUCAGGGCGCGGGCGGUUGUGGCCUAUCACGUCGGAAAUUUCAGGGAGCUUUAUGCAAUAAUAGAAAAUCAUAAAUUUACAAAGGCAUCUUAUGGCAAGUUACAAGCAAUGUGGCUCGAAGCUCACUACAUUGAAGCGGAAAAGUUGCGCGGCCGAUCACUGGGUCCUGUGGAUAAAUAUCGCGUUCGAAAAAAGUUUCCUCUGCCACCAACCAUUUGGGAUGGUGAACAAAAAACACAUUGCUUUAAGGAGCGAACGCGAAGUUUGCUGCGAGAGUGGUACCUUCAGGAUCCGUAUCCGAAUCCAACAAAAAAACGUGAAUUAGCGAAAGCAACCGGCCUCAACCCCACCCAAGUUGGGAACUGGUUCAAAAAUCGAAGGCAAAGGGAUCGUGCAGCUGCUGCCAAAAAUAGAAUACAACAUAAUCAAAACAAUUCCGGCCACCUCUGUCGAAGUCGUCGACCGGAAGGAGUUCCUUCUCCAAUAGCAUCGGACACAUCAGACUCGGACAUUUCAUUGGGCACCCACUCACCUGUUCCUAGUAGUAUACAACUACAACACAGUCCGGGCUCCACAUCGAAUGGCGCCAACGAUCGCGAAGAGAGUCUCAGCAUUGAUGAUGAUAAACCACGCGACUUGGCCACCUCUAUAUCGGCCAGCCAUUUGGUAGCAGCAUCCACAUACGCCACAACCGCACCGCUAUCCACCUGCUUGCCACCUUUUAAAUUGGACACAGCCACCAGCCUCUUCAAUGCCGGUUGUUAUUUGCAAAGUUUUAGCAAUCUCAAGGAAAUGUCCCAACAAUUCCCGAUACAGCCGAUCGUCAUCAGGCCACAACCACAAUUGCCAGCUCAGGCGCAUAGCUUGAAUGGCAGCCACCUGCACGUCGCCAUCAAUUAUCCGCCACCUGCUUAUGCGGUGGAUUGCACACCACCGAAAAUUCGCGUCAAUUCUCCAGAAAAGCUCAACUCCACCGCCAACAGCAUAGCGGCGACACUGAAUACCGUUGCGGCAUUACAGGACACUUCUGCGUACCAACAUCAUCACCAUAGCGCACAGCUGCUGCAUCGACCAUUCUCCACGUCGCCGGACUUACCGCACAACAAUCACGAUGCCGCGCCACCGGAGAUCACAUGAUACAACAGCCGUCGGCACCCAUACAAGCACUAAUACUCGACAACAGUAUAACUUUGUAGUAGAACUCCCCAAGCGGAACCCUGUCUGAAGUGUGUGUGUAUUGUUUGAAGGAUGCGCCAUUUUAUUAAUUCGAUUUCCCAUUUUUUAGCUUUUAUCGAACUGGUUUGCAUAUUUUAGAGAUUUUCGUUUGAUAAAAUAAUAUUUGGAUAACUCAAAAGUGGUUAAAUGUUGAAGAAAAACUUUACUUUCCUAUUCUAUGUUCAAUAAAAAAAAUCGUUGGCAAAAAGAAGGAGAUAUUUUCAUUGGGUAUCCAUCAUAAUUUCAUUUGGAGCUACUGCUGUGUUUCUGAAGAGAAAUGUUUGUAUUCGAGACAUGAGUUACUCACUUGAAAGUUUCUCAGCGGAGGCAAAACUGUAGAAUACAAAGUUGAAUAGUAAAAUUUAAAAAAAAUAUUUUUUCCCCGUGCCUGCAUAGGUGCAAUCCAUGGUGAAAAGAUUUUUAGAGGUGUACUGCCUAGCAGACAGCUAUUCGGCUCUGAGCGAAUUUGAUUGAUAUGCCGACGUCAUUCGUUCUGUAUUUCUCUAAGCUAAAGCGAAAUUCUGUCAAACACAAAACGAAUGUCGUAGCAUUCAAAGUUCCCCUCAAAUUUUUUUUGCACCAUACCUAACGAGCAAACCUGGUAUCUAUCAUCCUUGGGUGCAAUCAAUAUUAAAAUAAUUUAUAAUUCACCAUAGGCGCAAUAUGAAUUUUGAGAAGUUUUGCUCCAAAUUAAAUCAAGGGGGAGGAGGAUUCACCAUACACGCACACAUACGACAUUUUAAGAGAAUUUCAAAUAGUAUUAGCCUUUUACUGUACAGAAUAUUUUUUCAUUACAAAAUGUUAUACAUACCAUAAAUAUGUGUGUGGGUGGUGGUGUGGCUUACAUCGCGUGAUCAAAUGAUUCUAAAAUAUGUAUGCUGAGUAAUUAAUUCAUAUCCCAAAGCGCAUACAUACAUACAUACAUAGAUGCAUGCACAGCAGCUGGAGUUCGUGGAGGUACGAGUUAAAUAAAUUGUUAAAGUCGCGCGCUGACCAGUGGAAAUAUUACAAUUAAUUAAUCUACUUAUAUUCAUAUUAUGUGGUAUUCACUUUUCGAUUAUUUGUAUUCGUAACUUUUACGAUUUAUGUUUAGUUAUUAAAUGUAUUUUACAUUUCGCACAACUUCAACUGUUUUGUAGGUAACGCAAGUAAAUAUCUCAAGUUGGAAUGAGAAAAACUAAAUAUUAUAUAUAAAUCGCAUGUUAAUUUUGAGUGAGUCAAUGUAAAUAGAUCGUAAGACCCAAAAAUAUAAUAUACAUAUAGCUUAUCAUUAGAAUGCAAUAAAUGAGUUGAAAUAACAUAAAAUACAAAUACCAAA